AUGGAUGAUAUUCUUCAAACGGCCUUGUUGGAUGCUGGACUUGACUUCUUUGACACAGAACCCGAAGAGACUAAAGAUGGAGAACAGAAACCAGAUGAAGUCACGCCAACAGAAGAGGUAGGAUUUUUUUUUGAGGUUUUUUUUGAUUUUAGGUACAAGCUCCGCGAAAUAUUACUUUCAUCGAAAUUUUUUAGCUUUACGCUAUUUCUUUAUCAGUGAGGUUGUAAAGUGUAUCGUGACUGAUUUCUUAUCGUUGUCUUGGUUUAGCGCUGCUGUAAAGUUUUGUUUUUACAUCAUAAAAUGUGAGAUUUUUGUAGUAUGUUUUUGCCGGUUUUCUGAUUUUUUCAAAUUGAUAUAGUUUAUUGUGUGGUUUUCAUUGAUAAACGGCUUAAUAUUACUUUGAAGGUGACAAUUUUUAACACAAUUUUGCGAUUUUUUCAUGGAUCAAAUUUACAGGUCAAGAAAGAUGCCGCCGCUGAGGUGAUCGAGCCGACAGUAGAGAGCGAACCCGUUAGAGAGCUAGAAACUGCCAAAAAAGUUGAUGAGAAAGAUGAAAAGCCAGACGAAAUUGCAGAACCUUCUCCACAGGUAGUACAACAAACUCCGGCACCCAUUCCAGUGGCUCCUGUUGUACCUGUUGUACCGACAACCUCUAAAGUUGAGGUAUGUGGGUUUUAACUAUUUUUCUUCGAUUGAUAAGGCAGCUAAUUUUAUGUUUUUGAUAUUUUCAGGCCCCCGUACCUUCAACCUCAUCAGCUCUUACUACAGGUACGGCAUUGCCUCCGGUGGUCACUAAAAGGAUAGUUCGUUGUGUCGGAAGGCCUAUUUCUACGGGCCAAGUGCAAAAGGCAUUGGAACCGAACAGCCCAAUUCGUCGGUACCCAACGCAUUUUGUUUCCAGUGAUGGAAAGAUUGUAAGUGUAGUAUAAUUUUUCUUGUUGUUUGACGUUUAGGUCUUCAAAAGAGCUGUCAAUGGUUUUUUUAUUUUUUAAAGGUCCUGUGGGGUAUAAAACCAAUUUCAGACUCACCGACCAGGUCCAGUCCGAACUUUCCGCCAGAUCAGAACGAUCGCUCCGAAUGGGACUCAGGUCAUCCAACGAAUCCCAAUGAAUGAACCAUUUAUAAGAAAACCAGAACCUCUUCAGCAGAGAACUGCCAAAACCGUUUUGUUGUCGAACGAUGGGACCCGAACUAUCAGAACCUACAAUUACUCGGCUGGUGGAAGGAUAUCCGAGGUAUGUUUUUAUCAUGGAUAAUAAAAAAAAUUGGUUGAUUUUGAUGAAAUUUUGGGAUGGGAUAUUAAAAGUGGUCGUUUGAAAGGACCGUUUGAUUCAUCUUGGGACCUUUUUUGGCAAAAACUUUUUAUUUUUGAUUUGAAUUGUUUUGCAGCAGCAUUUAAUUUUAUUGUUUAGUCCUUCCAGGCCCCGGUAAUUCAAACUCCCCAGCGCCAAGGACCCUCCAGAGCGCCGCAAAUCCCGACGGCCACAAUUCGGCCGCGGCUUGGUAAAAACAGAAUUCUGAAUCGGAUCUGGCCCGCGGAUCCUCCUCGUCCGCGAGCUCCACCCAGGCCAUUUCCUAAACCCCUAAUGGAUCGAAGACUUGACCUUCCGGACGGAACCGUUCAAUUUAUCAAACCGAUUGACCAUCCGCGAAUAUCGACACCUGGAAAACCUGGAGUGCCAAAAUAUACGACGGAAGCAGAUGAGAAAAAGCCUGAUAAACCGGAAAGUAGUCUGAACUCAAUGGGAUACGAAGACGAUGCAAGUUUAUAUUCUGUUUUGAUCAAAUUUUUGAGUUAUUUAUUUAUAUUACACUUGUCUUUUCAGGAAGAAAAACAUGUCCAAGUCGAUACUUUUAUCGAAUACAAGCCUCUGAAACUUCGCUCAGGGUGUGAACACCCGGAUUCGGUUGUGGAAACGGCUUCUCUGUCCGCUGUUUCGGCACCCGACAUCACAUAUCAAAUGAAGAUCCCAGAAGAAACAAUUGACUCUGGAAAAAUCUCCGCGCUUCAACUUGAAGCGGCUUUGUAUGCAUGCCAAGCACAAGAACGGUGGUUACCCUCAGGUGAAAGAGUUGGGUAUUUGAUCGGUGAGUUUUUUCGAUAUUUUUUUGACUUUUGGAUAGUUGAUGUCAUAGAUAGUAUAAAAUGUGGUGAAUUUUGGUCAUAUUAUUAUUGCAGGAGACGGUGCGGGUGUUGGAAAAGGAAGAACGAUUGCGACCAUCAUAUAUGAGAACUAUUUGAUGGGCAGGAAACGCGCCCUUUGGUUCUCAGUCUCGUCGGAUUUGUAUUAUGACGCAGUUCGGGAUUUGAGGGACAUUGGCGCUGAUAAUGUGGACGUUUACCAGUUGAAUCAAAUGAAGUACGCAAGGAUCAAUAGUGUCGAGAAUGGAAAUAUCAAGAAAGGAGUGAUUUUUGCAACAUAUUCCUCUUUAAUUUGCGAAGCCCGACAUCUAAAGGAUGAUGAAAGUAAAGGAAAUAAAAUUACGUCCCGACUUCAACAGCUGAUCCAGUGGUGUGGCGCGGACUUUGAUGGCCCCAUUAUCUUCGAUGAGUGCCAUCAUGCGAAAAAUUUGGUGCCUUCAGCGGGAUCUAAGCCGACCAAAACUGGAAGAUACGUUUUGGAAUUACAGAAGAGCCUCCCGGACGCUAGAGUGAUCUACGCAUCGGCUACGGGCGCCACUGAACCGCGAAAUAUGGCCUACAUGACGAGGCUUGGGUUGUGGGGCGAGAAACAAUGCUUCCCGACCUUUUCGGACUUUAUCCAUGCCGUUGAGGACCGAGGAGUGGGCGCGAUGGAGAUGGUGGCCAUGGACAUGAAGCUCAGAGGACUCUACUUGGCCAGACAGCUCAGCUUCAAAGGCGUUAGCUUUGCAGUUGAGGAAGUUCAACUCGACGAUGACUUUGUAAAAUUGUACGACGAGAGUGUAAAGCUCUGGAUGGAAUGCCGAAGACAGUUUCAAUUCGCCAUUGACGCGUUGAAGAGCGACGAAAGAAAUGAGAAAACGGUAUGGGCACAGUUUUGGUCCGCCCAUCAAAGGUUCUUCAAGUAUCUUUGCAUUGGAGCAAAGGUUAAUGCGUGUGUUGCGAUCACAAAGAAGGCCCUAGAAGACGGGAAAUGCGUCGUAAUUGGACUACAGUCAACUGGCGAGGCGCAGACGCUGGGCGUUUUGGGAGAUGCGGGCGAAAUCACUGAUUUUGUUAGUACUACCAAGGCUGUACUUCAAAAUCUGAUUGAAAAGCAUUUCCCGACUGGAGACUCGGAUGGCAUGGGCAUGCUUGGAGAUAUGGGAAGGAUGUUCUCCAUCGGAUCGGGAGGAAGCUUUUCCAGAAAAAGUAAGCAGAUUAUGUUGGAAAAAAUUUGAAAGAAAACUGGAUAGGAAUUUCUGAAAAUUUUGUGAUUGAAGUUUUGAAAUUAAAUUUUGAAGCCAGUUUGGAUAUAGUCGGGUGGAUUGAGAGUUUAGAAGCUGCAUAGGAGGUUUUUUGAGACUAAAAGUGUCCAUUUUUUAGGAAAUCGAACCACCGUAUAUGACAACAUUCAACCAUCCUUCAAAAGACGCCGGGAGAACUCGUUGGGAACCGUAAAUGAAAGUGAAAGAAGCUCCAAUACCGAGGAUGAGGAAGAAGAAGAAGAGGAGGAUGAAUCGGAUUCAGACGCUGAAAAGUCGGAUGACGACAGUGAUGACAGUAUCUUGGACGAGGAGGAUGACGAUGACGAGGAGGAUAGUGAAGAGGAUUCGGAAGAGGAGGAAGAAAUAAAUGGACCUGAUAAUAGUAAGUUGAGAAAAGGGUAUCGAGAGGAAGGUCUGGGAAAGUUUGGUGAUGUCAAACAGUGUCGCGGAGAAAUAAAAAUUUUUGGGUUUUGGGAAAUUAUCGUAAACAACUUUUGAUUCGGUUAUUUCAUGGCUCAAAAGACGUUUCAAAAGAUGUCCAAUUAGCUUAUUUCUCCAAAAAUUUAUAAAAAUAUAUUGAUGUUGUUGUUUUCUAGUGCAAUCUUUUUUUUCAGAUACCACAGAUCGGAAGAAAAACGAUAGCCUCUUCGAUACCUUGAUGAAUGAACUGAAUGAUAGCUAUGUCCCGGAUGUAGACCCCUUCCAUCACGAUUUCUCAUCGGCCGAAGACCCCUGGGCCCAUUUACAGAACUACCAAGAAGAUCAACGAGAAUUGGAAGAGCAAAAACGAAGGGAAGCGAUGGAAGAAGCGAAAAGGAAAAAGGAAGAAUUGAAAAGAAAGAAGAAAAUCAAAAGAAGGAAGAAGUUAAGAAGGCUCAGAAAAGAGAGGGAAGAAAGAAAAAGGAAGGAAAAGGAGCUGGCCGAACAAAGAAGAGUUGAAAAUGCUACGAGUGCUGUGGAUUUUAUCCAAUCGACCAAAGUCAUUGACAAUGGAAAUCAAAGAGAUCCGUCCUCUCUUUUGAUGAUCAAGGUAGGAAAUUUUGUAUACAGGAUAUUGUUUGUCAAAAAGUCAAAAUUUUUUCAACCUUUGAAGGUUUUUCGAUAAAAAAUUUUAAGAUUCUUUUUUCAGACCGAGCUUUUGGCCGCUGUGGAACGUCUGGGCCAAGUAUUACCUCCGAACACAUUGGAUCAACUGAUUGAUGAACUGGGAGGACCAGAUGUUGUCGCCGAAAUGACUGGAAGAAAGGGGAGAAUCGUUGUGCAGCCCAAUGGAUCAGUCGAAUACCAACCAAGGAAUGCCAAUUCAAUGGCCCCGGUGGAUCUCAUGAACUUGGAAGAGAAGGAAAAGUUUAUGAAUGGAGAGAAAUUUGUGGCUGUGAUAUCAGAAGCAGCUAGUUCGGGCAUCUCUCUACAGUCGGAUAGAAGGGUAAAGAAUAAAAGAAGAAGGGUCCAUAUCACUCUGGAAUUGCCAUGGUCAGCCGAUAAAGCGGUCCAGCAGUUUGGUAAGGAAUUUUUCUAUAGUAUUGGGGUUGUUUGAUAGAGAUUUUAGGCUGAAAUAACAUUACGAUAGCAUGGAUAAUAUAAUGUUGAUGUCUAAAUUACUGUGUUUUGGUCUUUUUUUGAAUAUCUUAAUAGUUGUUGAUGAAGAGUGAAGACUAAUGCCUAAUUUUCAGGCCGAACCCAUCGCUCCAAUCAGCUCAGCGCCCCGGAAUAUCUCUUUUUGAUAUCCGAGUUAGCCGGAGAAAAGCGGUUUGCCUCGGUUGUUGCGAAGCGUCUGGAAUCCCUCGGAGCCCUCACUCAUGGAGAUCGAAGAGCCACGGAGAGCAGAGACCUCAGCCAGUUCAAUUUGGACAACCGGUAUGGCCGUGAAGCCCUCCAAAUUAUGAUUCGAACCCUGGCCAACCCCAGAAUACCCCCGCUUCUCCCGCCACCCAAAGACUAUCGGAUUCAGAACGCCAACUUCUUUGAGGAUAUGCGGGAAUAUCUGGUUGGAGUUGGAGUUUUGUCAAAGAAUCCGAACAACCCGGCUGGAGUUUUGACCAUCGAAAAGGAAGGAGUGAGCUUGGCCAAGUUCCUAAACAGACUGCUCGGACUACCAGUGCAUGCUCAGAAUGCCCUGUUUGGUUACUUUACCGACAUCAUCAAUGAACUCAUAAAAAGGGCGAAGGCGAACGGGACUUUUGAUAAAGGCAUCAUGGGUAAGAUAAAUUCUUUUCAAUUUUUUUAAAUGGGUUGUCAGUUUUGGUGUUAGGAUAAUCUAAAGGAGUUAUAUCAGUCUGUCGGGAAAAUAACGGCGGAUUGUCGCAGCAAAAUGUCUCGCCUCGCCGCUAUCGCGCACUAAAUCCCAAGCCGCGGCUUGCAGUCGCAAAGCGAUGAUGAGCGACUCCGAGGCGCGACGAUCCGCCGUUUUUUCCCGACAGACCGAUAGAAAGGACAAAAUGUGAAAUUUGUAAUUUGAGGACGAUUUUUUUAAAUCUCCGCAAAAUUGGCAUUGUGUGUCAAGGGUAAUUUUUGAUGGAAAAUGAAUGAAAUGGAUAGGUUAUGAGAUAAAACUGUGAUAAGAAACCUAUUUAUUUGUUAGAAAUAGACAGGCUUGUGUAUUGGUGUAUCUUGAGGAAUUAUUUUGAUCAGAACUUGGUGCAAUAUAAGUUUUGGAGAACUUUGAAGUAUUUAUCGAUUUUUUCCAGAUCUUGGCCACGGAACGGACACCGCCAGGGAAAUGGAGAAACGAGAGUUCCGCGGAGUGAUCGACAACUCCAAUUUCUUGGUUAAAAUGCAUAAAAUCGGAGCCGAAAGAGGCGUCAAGUGGGAAGACGCUGUGAAGCUCCUCAACGCUCAAGUUGACGACACAGACGAUGUCUGCGGCUUCUACGUCGGAAAGCCGAACCUGAACAAGAAGGUCCUGAUCAUUUUGGUGGUUCAUUCGGUGAAAAGAAGCGCUCUGAGCAUGAGCAACCAGAAGAUGUACACUCUGAUCAGACCCAACUCGGGAAGGUCGUCCAAGUCCUUUUACGCCCAAGAUAUUACGAGAAGGCACACCAGGAUCCCCAUGGUGGAAGCCGAGAAGAUUUGGAAGGAGCAUUACGACAGUAAGGGAGUUUGGGGAUAUUGUAGUAGGAAUGGAGAGAAAAGUUUAGAUUUUUUUGGAUUUUGAAAGAAAACUGGAUAGUUUUGUUUAAAUUAAGCUGGGAAACGGGGAAUGAAAAGAUUUUAGAGUAAUGACAUGUCUUGCGGAGGAAAGUCCUAUCUUAUUUUAUUUCAUGAUUUUGUGCUAAACAUUUUUUGCUAAAUUUUUGGUCCUUUCUUGGAGAUUUUUUGAACGAAAAGGAAAGUUUACUGCAAAUUACGGCCUUUUAAAAAUAAGAAAAUUGAAUUUUUGAGAUAAUUUUUCCCAGCGCAGUGUAGUAAAUCCCAAAUUUUAGUGCUCGGAACCAUGUGCUUCCACAAAUACCUCAUUGGUUUUUGCCGGACGGAAGAACAAAGCGUCUUCUGCGAGGUGGGACGCAGAUUCAGAACCUACUUUGUGCUUUCGGGGUCAGUAAUCGCGGUUUGGCCCAUUCUCGAGAAGGCCCUAAAUGAAGCAAAACCCAAUAAAAAUACGGCAGGACCCAACAUGCAGACGGUCAGAAUUCAAACCGAAGGAAAUCAGAAGCUGGUUGGACUGUUGGUCAAACCUCAGCAUGUUAAAACUCUGCUGAAAGCCUUGAAUGAACUUGAGGCAUAG